AUGACUACAGACAAAAGAUUUCAAGUACAAACUUGUCAAUUUUUAUCCAAUCCUUCAUUAGCCAUAAAAUACCAUCAAAGUUCUCCUGAUGCUAUUCCUGUUGUAUUUAUGGGCUCAAAGACGUCCAAGACAACCAUAGGAAGAGGUCACGACGCGACUGUCCAGAUUGGCAAGUCGAACAAACGGGUUUCUAGGGAACAUGUUGUUAUUGAGCAUAAACCCAAUUUUAAUGGCUAUGAAUUGACUAUUUUAUCGCCUAAUGGUGCCUUGAUAGAUCAUAUUAUUUUUAUUGAAGGGGAACAUGUGCCUGUGAUGGAAGGAACGAUGAUUGAAAUAGUAGGCACAAGGCUGAUAUUUAAGGCACCUAAAGAAGAAACCAUGGUGAUAAAGCAAACAAUGGAAAAAAGAGUGCAAAAGAAAGGGCAUUGUCUGUCGAACGAGAUAGAGACAGCCGUAUGCCAUGAGUCUAACCUGCUUGUCAAGACAACAACAAAAGUGAAAAAACGUACACUAGAAGAUCAAAUCAUACAGACAUUAGUUUAUACACGCAAAUCUACCAUGACAUGCAGUGAUAUUGCAAACAGAAUAGAAGGACAUGCUAGGAUAGACAUCAUCAACACAUUGAUCCAUUCACCCUUGAUUGGAUGCAUUAAACGACUGGGUAAAACGGCAGAUGGAUCACCUAAAGAAGACUUGUAUUAUUACAAAGCAGAUGUGGAUCAGAAUCAAGAACGAAGGAAGCGAUAUUCAGACAUUGGUAGAAGUGCAAGGAAAUGCACAAUGAAGGAUACUCAGUAUUAUUUCAAGGCAAGUAUUCCACCUAAAUUAAAUCAUCAUAAAUCAAAGCAUACAGUCAGUAUGCGAUCCAAAAAGAAGGCAGAAAUCAAUCAACGCCAGGAUGAAGAUGAAGUAGGAUCAAACAGCAGUGGUGAUGUGAGUGAUAUGGAGGUGUAUGAGUUAUUUAAAGAUGUGUAA